AUGCGCCGACAGCUGGUUUUCUGUGUAGAAGGCCGCGUCCCACGAUCCGGCGCGUGUCUGCGCGAGCCGAGGCGUGCCGUCACGCGUGAUGCUGGCGCGGGGGCGUGUGAAGCGACAAUGGCGCCUGCCGUGGCCGCGCCGGGCCGGGGCGUGUCACUUAGCAGCUCUGCCCGCUGCUGCUGCCGCGUGUCGUGCAUCGGCGUGACGCCCGGCCCGGAGCCGCCGCGCCGGCUGCUGCUGCAGUACCUCGACCUCACAGACUGCCAGGCCGUCGAGGACUCGGGCCUGCGCGUCAUCGUGCGCAACUGCCCGCAGCUCGUCUACCUCUACCUGCGCCGCUGCGUCCAGAUCACAGACGCGGGCAUCAAGUACGUGCCGAGCUUCUGCUCGAUGCUGCGAGAGCUGAGCGUGUCGGACUGCACGCAGGUGACGGACUUCGGGCUGUACGAGCUGGCCAAGCUGGGCGCGACGCUGCGCUACUUGUCGGUGGCCAAGUGCGACCAGGUGUCGGACGCCGGGCUCAAGGUGGUGGCGCGCCGCUGCUACAAGCUGCGCUACCUGAACGCGCGCGGCUGCGAGGCCGUCAGCGACGACGCGAUUGCCGUGCUGGCGCGCUCGUGCCCGCGCCUGCGCGCCCUCGACAUCGGCAAGUGCGACGUCAGCGACGCGGGGCUGCGCGCGCUAGCCGAGAGCUGCCCCAACCUCAAGAAGCUCAGCCUGCGCAGCUGCGACCUGGUCACGGACCGCGGCGUCCAGUGCGUCGCCUACUACUGCCGGGGCCUCCAGCAGCUCAACAUCCAGGACUGCCAGAUCUCCAUCGAGGGCUACCGCGCCGUCAAGAAGUACUGCAAGCGCUGCAUCAUCGAGCACACCAACCCCGGGUUCUUUUGAAUCGCGGUCUCGUCCAUUGGACAGCAUGGGCGACUGUCAAGGACUCGAGGAGCUGUUCUAAUAGUUGGCCCUGAACGUCACCUAUCAUUUGGGCACUAGGCGUCAAUGCCAAAAUAAAGAGCAACCAGACUAAAACUCUCUCCUGUCACCAUCAAGUACUGUGAUAACCUUGUAAGAAGUACACACACCAUCAAAAUUACUGCAAGCACACUGCAUAAUCGGGUACAUCAAUCUGGAAUUCUUCAGCACUGCACUCUGCUGCGAUGGAUUUACUUCAGCACUGGCGACUCUCUAGGACUCCCUUGAAGAACUGCUCCAUUAAUUGUCCCAGUACAUCACCUGUCACUUGGGCAAUACCUAUUAAUGGCAGAAUGGCAAGCAUCUUACAUCAUUAGCCUACCUCCCAUCAAAUGCUGUGAUAACCUUGAGAAUUACAGUAAAAAGUUCCAAAGAUGUAAAGAAGUAUUGCAGACGCCCUUCAUCGAGCACACCACCCCAGUCUUCUUCUCAACUGUGGUCUGGUCCACUAAGUGUACAUCAGCGUGAGCUAUUGCCAGUGACAGCCUCGAGAAACUCUUGUCGUUUGGUUACAAUGCGUCAGUGAUGGAGGCUUUCAGCCAACAACUUUGUCCUAUAACUAUUACAUAAUGUGAUAAAUUUAGACUUAUUCUAAGAAGUCCAUCACUACAUUCACACGCAGAUCAACAGGACAAUCUUACCGUCAGUAUGGUAGGUAGAGAUCACCAUCAGAGGAUUAUGACUUUGAGUGAGCCCUGUCAACUCAGCUGCUCAUUGAGUCGCAAACAGUUGUUAGGACGAGGAAGGAGCUUCAAUAGUGAAUUUAUUGAUUUCGUUUGGAUAAGCAUUAUCAGUUGUAAAACUGAGACACUAAAAAAAGGAAGGAAAGAAAGCUGAGUACUCUGGCACUUGUUAAAUUUGGUGCUUUGUGAAACUACAGCAUCCUCAAAAGAGUUCUCUGUCCCAGAAGUAUACUGCAAGUGAACAAAACAGAUUUUGAACCUGACAGACAUGUUGCUGAAUAUAACAUAUGAGGAAAGGGGCUAAAUAUAUCAACUGAUCUGAUGAACAUCAUUAUUCAGGGAAGCUGACGUGGAAGAAACAUAUCUGCAGUGACCAAAAUUUAACGAUUGUCUACAUUAUGUACAUUGGCAUGUUGCGGUGGCGCACUUUUAUUAAUAAUGCGACUGACACUGGACUUGCAGGCAUCGUGACUACAUUUAUUGCAAAUGCUAUGAAUAAUUCGAAUCAUCAUCAUGCACGUUGUUUCUGGGUUCUUAUGCAUCCAGUUAUUUAAAAAUAUAGUUAAAUUCAGCCAAUAAUCGUUGAAACCAAGGAAAGAAAAUAAGAAACUGUACAACAGCUGUUUUAUUGAACGCAUAAGCGAGUUCUACUUUCACCACAACCAAGAGCACUGUCCAUUGGCCAACUAUCACUCUUCUCCCUUUCUUCACAGUAUUACAAGGCAUACAAUUUCAUAACUUUGAACUUAAUAGCGUUCAAAGCCAAUACACUUUCACUUCUGACACAAAGAGCAAAGUUGCUUCUAGUGUGAUUUCAAAUGGAAUGUGAUAACACACUGGUCAAUUUAACAUAAACAUGUGUGUGAAAUACCUUUGCUGUUAUGGCACUUAUUCCAGAAGAUUUGUGGGAGUUUUUAAUAAACUGUUUUGAACAUUAGGGUUGGAAUGCCUUCCAAAGGCUGCAAAAAUAUAAGAUGGCAUCUGGUUAACAGUAUACAUAUUUCUUUCCUUGAGGCGUUUUUUGAGUAAUUUAGUCAAUAGAGGACGAGGUUUUACAUAUUUGCUGAUUUUAACAAACUAUGAUGUAAAAAUAAUCUCCAUGAUUCAGUAACACACCUAUAAAUCAUUGUAUUCUUUAAUGAUUUAGCUCAUAUCUGUAGUGAAUCUGUUCAGCAGCGCUGAGUGUUGAGCAAGUACAAAAAUUGAAUCCCUGGAUCAACUCACAUCCAUAAACAUAGAAAUAUGUGAUUAUUAAUUCCAGAUUCAUGCAAUGAAUUCUGGCUUGGUGCAGGCAAUGUAAUGUAUCACCGGACUGGUUCCUCUGUCAUUGUGCAAAGUAAAAGCUACUGAGAUAUAAAUUUGUUGAAAAGCAGCUACAGAAGUCGUCAUCAAGAAAGUUUCAUUUUUCUCUUGUGUCAGCAAUGACAAUUCUCUUGAGUUUUAGGCAGCCACACGUAACCUAUUUCACUCCUAACAAAUUUAUGAUUGAUGCUGUUAUUAUUUAUGUACUGAGAAACUGUGUGUUCAAAUGGAAAAAGAUUCCAUAACUGAUAUAGAAGAUAUCUGAUAUUCUCUUUAUUCUCUUUACCUAUAUCAAGAAGAUGUAGGUUAAUGCUGAGACCACCAGCAGUGACUUAUAUUAAGAAUCAAACAACUACUUCAUUUUACCCAUUUUUCAGUAGUUGUCAGCUUUUUACAGCAAUUGGGUAAAUGGAGAGGCACUUUACACCAUACUACUCCAUGUAAUUUAUUUAACAAAUGUUUAAAAUCCACAUACUGAAAUAAAUAAAUUACAAUAAAAGAAUUUUGCAUAUGUAUUGACACACCAUACUAAUGCUACAUGUAAUGAAAAUUGAAUUCAGUUGCAUUUGUUAUGCUCAGACAGAGUAAAUUUUCAUUUCAUUUAUCCCAAGAACAAAUGCAGGAUUUAUCAGCAUUUGAUGAAAUAAACUUCAAUUUUCAUGUAUUAUUUGUCUUUGAAUUUAUGUAAAUACAAGUGUCUCAAAAAUAUUUUAUAUAAUUUUUUCUUGUUGUGAAUGCUAUACAACAGAAACUAUUAAGAAAAAAUUACACUUAUGUCUGUUGAAGUGGAAGGGUAAAUAUGUAUGACCAGUGUCCUUAUCUGUAUUAUAAACAAUGUCAAGUCACUAAUUUAACUGUUUAUGAAAUGUGGACUUUUUAAAAGAACUGCCUGUUGUUUCUUCCAUUACAGCCUCUGCUAUCACUUAUUUCCAUUAUUAUUAUUGAUUGAAUGUUCAUAAAAUCCACCAGAACAAAAACCAAAUAAAAGAAACAGGAUUAUCUUCAACAGUUUGUUAAUCAUUUCUUUCAGACAGAUAUAAACUUGAGUUGAUUUAUAGAGUAUUUGCAUCAUAAUACCAUUUAAACUUAAUCUCUAAAAUAGUAUGUAUAUCAUUAAGAUUUUUCAUACCAGCUCUUUACUUUCAUUUCUCCACAUGAACAUAUCUUACAAUCAUCUAUUCUCUAACACACUUCUCAGUAAAGUCAUAUGCAUUAUAUCUAGGAUGCAUGCCUCAAAUGUUGCUUCAUUAUUGUAUCCUUAUAUACCAGCUAACCUUCAAGUCUAAACUCUUUGCUUCUCAUGUGAUAAUGCUCUAGUAAAUACAUUUGCACUGUUUACAGUAAGAUUGGUGUGCUAGUCUGCAAUGACAAAUUUGUCAAUAUCUUAAGGGAAUAAAUCAACACCUAUACUUGCUUGGUUAUGAAGUAAGAUUGUGACAUAUGUUUAAAGGACUUCUGCAAGAAAAUUAAUUCUGUAUUUAUCUGUUUACAUGAGACUAAAUAGGGAAUAGAGUGUACUUUUUUAAAUUACUGAUGAAGUAAACAACAGUACUGUAACAGUGGUAGACAAUUGAUGUCCUGAGAAAGUGUCAGUGCCAGAAGUACAAUUACAUUCACAUACAACCAGCUCUAGUGAAGCAUAUUUCAGUGGAAAUAUGGCCAACAUAUCUUUAAGGAAAAGUGGGGCACAUUCCUUUUGAAAGACACUAGUUUGAUGAAUAAGAAUAAACAUUAUUUUUGACAAGAUUUUUGUAAAAAGGACUACCAAAAACCUAGUGAAGGCUGAUAUUAAACCUGCAAUAUAACUUAUUUUUACUAUAUGUUUGUAAUUAUUUUUAAUAAAUACUUGUAACAACAUGUACAUGUUAAAGAAUGUAUAAAUGUAUAGGAUCUGGCAGAAACUUAAAAUGUAUAUAACUGAAGGAAAAUUGUAAAU